GGGGCCGCGCCUGCGCAGACUGCCUGUUAUGGCGGCCGCCUCAGUCCCACAGAGACGGGGGUCGGGUGGGACCCCAGGCUGGGCCCCGCGGCGGCUGGAUUCUCUUCCCUGGCCAAGUCUCUGAGACCUUCUCCCAGGGUGAUGCAAAGCUACUGGCUACCAGCUUGGGCCUGUCUGUAGUAUCUCCUCUGGGACCUGCCAUGCUGAGGACCCAUUCUCACCUCUGAGCGGCUCCUGUCCUAGGACUAAGGUGGAGCCUGGGCCAUGGUACAGCUGGCUCCUGCCGCAGCCAUGGAUGAGGUCACCUUUAGAAGUGACACUGUGCUGUCAGACGUCCACAUCUAUACCCCGAACCAUAGACACCUCAUGGUACGGCUGAACAGCGUGGGGCAGCCAGUUUUCCUGUCCCAAUUCAAGCUUCUAUGGAGCCAAGACUCUUGGACAGAUUCAGGGGCCAAGGGUGGCAAUCACAGAGAUGUUCACACAAAGGAGCCUCCUUCUGCCGAGACAGGCAGCACAGGGUCCCCUCCAGAAAGUGGCCACAGUAAUGAGGGUUUCUCCCUCCAGGCCGGGACUGACACCACUGGCCAGGAAGUGGCUGAAGCUCAGCUGGAUGAGGAUGGGGAUUUGGACGUGGUGAGAAGACCACGAGCCGCCUCUGAUCCCAACCCAGCAGGGCCUCUGAGAGACAAGGUACAUCCCAUGAUUCUAGCGCAGGAAGAAGACGACGUCCUGGGAGAGGAAGCACAAGGCAGCCCGCACGAUAUCAUCAGAAUAGAGCACACCAUGGCCACGCCCCUGGAGGAUGUUGGCAAGCAGGUGUGGCGGGGCGCCCUGCUCCUGGCAGACUACAUCCUGUUCCGACAGGACCUCUUCCGAGGAUGCACAGCGCUGGAGCUCGGGGCCGGCACGGGGCUCGCUAGCAUCAUCGCAGCCACCGUGGCACGGACCGUUUAUUGUACAGAUGUCGGUGCAGAUCUCUUGGCCAUGUGCCAGCGAAACAUUGCCCUCAACAGCCACCUGACUGCCACUGGAGGUGGUAUAGUUAAAGUCAAAGAACUGGACUGGCUGAAGGACGACCUCUGCACAGAUCCCGAGGUCCCCUUCAGUUGGUCACAAGAGGAAAUUUCUGACUUGUAUGAUCACACCACCAUCCUGUUUGCAGCCGAAGUGUUUUACGACGACGACUUGACUGAUGCUGUGUUUAAAACACUCUCCCGACUCGCCCACAGAUUGAAAAAUGCCUGCACAGCCAUACUGUCGGUGGAGAAGAGGCUCAACUUCACACUGAGACACUUGGACGUCACAUGUGAAGCCUACGAUCACUUCCGCUCCUGCCUGCACGCACUGGAGCAUCUCGCAGAUGGCAAGCUGCGCUUCGUGGUGGAGCCCGUGGAGGCCUCCUUCCCACAGCUCCUGGUUUACGAGCGCAUCCAGCAGCUGGUAGGUCCAGGCCCCGAAGCAGGGCCGUUGGUUGCUUUAUUGUGAAGCGGGUGACUCCAGGGCAAAGAGGUGAUGAAGCAAGCCCUCCAAGCACAGGCUCCACCCUAGUCCUGCAGGGGCUGAAGCCUGCGUGCCUGGCACCAUCUGUAGUGGAACCUGUUGGGGGAGCUACAUCCUGUUCUUAAUGGCCACCAUGUCUGGAGAGGGGCCUACAGGCGAACCUUAUCUUUUACUUUAUAGCACAUUUUCCCCCUGUGGGCAGUUCAGACUCCAGAGGAGGCAAGACCGCGGCAGAGGUUGUUUGGGGAACAGGAAGUCAGUGGAGGGAAGUUUGCGGGUUGCAGAUCUUGGUGCAGGGGCCCCACUGGGGUAGCCACUGGUCACAUCUUCACUGUGGAAGGAUACCAGCCCCUCUCGGACUGAACUGGCUUUUCUAUUAACUGGAGUCCAAAGGUUGAGAAUUAACUUCUUUUGUUCUGUUUGCCUUUGGGCUGUGGCCUCCCUUUCUCUCUGUCUGUGGAGACCCGGGCCUAGUUCUAAGGAAAAAGGGAGGAAGAGGGAGUCACAGGGAGCUGCUGCCCUCACGCUCUGUCUCGCGUCCUGAGUGAGGGCAGCAUGGAAUUCGUGUGGUUUUGUGUGCGAGGAGGAUCUUGUAUUUAUUGCUCUGCCAUUUCUGGGCAGCAUUAAGAGUAGCGUCACAUGACCAAGAACACGCAUUUCUUACAAAUCAGCAGCCCCAGUACAUGAUGCCUAAGACGUCCCAAAAAGGCCAGGUAUGGUGGCUCCCACCUGUAAUCCCAGCACUCUGGGAGGCCAAGGUCGGAGGGUUGCUUGAAGCUAGGAGUUCGAGACCAGCCUGGGCAACACAGACCCCAUCUCUACAAAAAUCAAGAAAAAAAAUUAGCCACGCAUGGUGGUGCACACCUGUGGUCCCAGCUACUCUGGAGGCUGAGGUGGGAGGAUUGCUUGAGCCCAGAAGUUCAAGGCUGCAGCGAGCUGCGAUGGUGCCACUGCACUCCAGCCUGGGCAACAGAGUGAGAUCCUGUCUCUAAAAUAAAAUUGUAUAUAAAGAUCUCCCCCAAAAUGGAGAGAUAUGGCGACUCACUGCUAUUCUGGUCUCUUCUGAGUGUGUGACAUCCUCUGAUGCCCCUUCUGUUAAUGCUGGGACUUCAUGCAUCCAGCCUCUCUGCCACAGUAAAACAGAACAGCCCAGAGCAACAAAGAAAGGAGUAAGCCGCCCGCCCACUCCUUCCCCAGCUCGCCUGCUCCAUGGCUGACGUGUUGUCUAACUACUCUCCUUGGUGAAUCACUUUCCUUCAUGAAAUUGUGAUGCUCUCGUGUGUGCACUUCAGAAACCUGUUCUUUUCUCUGUUUGCUGCAGGAGCUCUGGAAGAUCAUCGCAGAACCAGUAACAUGACCCAUCGCCUCCACAAGGCGCGGCGUCUCGACUGUUCUUAGAGUAUAUUUCUAGUAAAAUCAGAAGCUCACCAAAGCAA